AUGCAACCCUCGCAUUCUUUGGUCACAACCCGGGCGGCUAAGCAGCUCACUUCUCCCCUACUCUAUUCUGAUAGUUUAAUUUGCCAUGUAUUAUAG